AUGCCUAAAAGAAAAGACAAGCCCAGUACCUCUGGUGACACGCCUUUCCAGGCGAAGGGCUACGACGAGCUGGUAGGAAAAAAACCUAAGAAAGCCAAAGAGCGCUUCGAAACUCCUGGAUUUCGCGUGGUGAAGGAACUCACUCCGCUCCGAAUUGAUCCCAGCCUUCUUGAAGAGGAUCUUUCUGAGGAGGCUUAUCUUAAACGACAUGAAAAGUAUGAACGACAAGAAAAGGCGAUCAAGAAAAGGGAUCGACAACGACAGCGUGAAGAAGAGUAUCGGUGA